GUUGCAUGUUUCUCAAGGUUGUGAGAUGAAAACAACGUGAACGGAAAAACCCGCGGUUCUUAUUAAAUAUAUCACGAAAUCGUGUGUAUUGCAGAUUUCCUGCAUUCUCAGAUUAACAAUACAAAUCCUGCAAAUAUUUAUCGAGCACAAUGGUGGAGUAUGAAGUAUUUCACCAACAAACAGUGUCUAUAAUGACUCUGCUGACAGAAACAGCUCGAGAAGAAAUUCAGAAAGUUUUUGACUGUGAAUGUCCCGCCACAUCCCAAACGACGUUUGAAAUGAACGAGAGACGGCUCAAACGGGCGAAGCUCACAGCGGUGAUGGAAACCUUUACCAAGGUGGCUGUUCAGAAAAUAUGCAGACUUUACAGAUAUUGCUGUGCAACGAAACAAACACAUUUGAAGGCCUUAAAUUCUGCAGAAAGCAAAAACAUGCAAACUGUCGGCGAUGUGCCUGAUUUUGUAGAAGUAGAUGUGACUCUAUCAAUGAGUCCAGAGAGACCGGAUCUGUCACGUGAAGAAAAUGUACAACAAGACCCUGUUAAGGAGUCGAUUGAUGGCAAAGAGAAACCAAUGCCAACAGUUGUGACAGAGGCUGAAGAGCGUGACAUUGCCUCUAUGGAAGACCAGGAACCUGAAGUAAACAAACAGGCAGAGCAAACCACUGCACAGUCCAAGAAAAGACAGAAUGAUAUAUCAUUUGACUGUAAUGAGUGUGGAAAGAAAUUCCUCUGGAAACAUACACUAAAGCAGCACAGGUGUAGACAAGGCACCCUUCACGAAUGUGAUGAAUGUGGGAAGAAGUUUGCAUUUCUUAAAGGACUCAAGAAACACAAAUCGAACCACACUGAGAUAAAAGGAAGCUGCAAAACAUGUGGAAAGACCUUUGUGGAUCUUAAGACACAUGAACUUGUUCACCUGGAAGUAAAGCCAUAUGUUUGUGGUGUAUGUGGACGCGGCUUCACUGUAAAGUGGAGUUUACAAGCGCACCAGAGAAUCCACACAGGUGAAAAACCAUACAGCUGUAACACAUGUGGGAAAAAGUUUUCAACUUCAGGUAACCUGGCUAGCCAUAAAAGAGUUCAUUCAAAUGAGAAACCAUGGAAAUGCAGCAUGUGUGACAAAACGUUCAAGACUAACAAAAAACUGAAAUUACACAAGCUUGAGCAUACAGGAGAGAAACCCCAUGCGUGUCAAGUGUGUGGCCAAAGGUUUGUGCAUCUCAUAAGUCUCAGAAGCCACAUUCACAUUCACAGUGGUGUGAAACGUCAUGCAUGUGAUGUUUGUGGAAAGCAAUUUAGUCUGACAAAAUAUCUGAAGAGGCACAUGACGGUACAUGGAGCACUGAAAUCAUUCAUGUGUGAAAUAUGUGGUAAAAGUUUCGCUUUUAAUUAUGCUUUAAAGAAGCACCAGCUCACACAUAGGGAUAAAGGGAACGCUUUUCGUUGUGAGAUAUGUGGGAAGAGCUACGUUACUGCCUCUACACUCAGCAUGCAUAAGAAGCUCCACACAGACAAGGAUCCAAACAUGUGUAAAGUGUGUGGUAGAAGCUAUAGCAGUACAUAUUCACUGAAGGAACAUGAGAAACUUCAUUCAGGUGUGGCGCCGUACAAGUGUGAAGUGUGUGGUAAGGCUUUUGCGCAGGGAGCUGGUUUGACAAUGCAUGAAGUUGUUCACACCAAAGCAACACCAUACAAGUGUUCUGUCUGUGGAAAAAUGUUCGGCCUGCAAAAUGGUCUUAAACUGCAUAUGCUCAUUCACUCUGGUAAAAAACCACACAAGUGCGAAACUUGUGGAAUGUCCUUUCGUUUAUCGGGAAGCUUAAGGCGACACAGGCGUGUUCACACUGGAGAGAAGCCCUACAGCUGUGAGGUCUGCGGGAAAAGGUUCGGACAACCCAACAAUGUGAAAGCUCAUAUGCAAAUCCAUACUGGAGUGAAACCCUACACAUGUCAGAAAUGUGGGAAGAGUUAUGCAUAUGUUAGAAAUUAUAAUGACCACAAAUGCGUACCUGUAUGAAGAAAGAAAACCAUGGUAGGGACUUGUAACUGAAUUUCAGCACCAUUUUUAUAUAGUUUCAUUUGUAAUAUAUUUCAAACAAAUGUUCAGUAAAACUGUACCUGCUUGUUAGAGAAAGAAAAUGUUAAUGUUACAGUUGUUAAAGCUGUUAAGAAUGAAAAACUACUGUCUGUAAAUGGCAUUUUAGUAGAACUUUUUUUUUUUUUUACGAAUAGAAACGGGAACCUUCACUGACUGUCAAGGUUUAUAAGAUGUAAAGAACUUAAGUAGGAGUAAGAGUAGUCUGUCCAUUUGCUUUACUAUUUAAUUUUUUUAAUUUUUUUAUUGAUGCUACCUACAGCAACUGCACUCAGUCAUUUACACAAAUCAGUAAUAUUUUGCAGCGUGUGCCAUCAUUUUCAAGAAAAAGUGUUUGAAUUCAUGGUUUUCUUGGAGUUUGGAGUUAUAGUUGUAUAAUUUAUUAUUGAAAAUUAAAAGGAAUAAUACAUGA